AUGUUGAGGAGGAACUUAGGAGCAUCCCAGCCCAAGAGAUCUGGGAGGGGCCGGCUCCGCGGCCUAGAAGAAAAAAUGGACCAGGUCCUUAACGGAGUUGGGGGGAUGCAGGAACUAAGCAAUAACCUCCUCGAGCAAAACAAGCUCCUGCGAGAACAGCUAGAUCGAGCCCUGGAUACUGAGGCGAACAUAAGGAGCGGUCUAGAACACCAAGGCCGCCAGAAGACCAACCUGUCGCCCGGGUCAGAAAACCAAACCCUCUCAUCCGACGAGGAGGCAGGAUCGGAAGAUCAAUAUGAUGCUCGUGAUAUUCUCAACAACAAACGAGCUCGGAAGGAAAGGAUGGUCGAUGCCGACGAUGGAGGAGUAACUGACAUCGAGGUCAUGUUGAAAGAUCUGGUGACCGGGGAACUAAAAAGUGUUUGGGAUCGCCUUGGUAAGGUGGAAAAAUCUAGGUCGGCUCGGAUACUUGAAGGUCCGGAGGGGGAAAUCCCUCUACCAUAUACGCAGGCGCUGCUCGACGCCAAGGUGACAGGGGACUCCAAGCCCCCCAAGAUCGCCCUGUAUGAGGGUAUGUCUGACCCAUACGAUCACCUGGAUAACUUUCGAUAUGCUAUGGAAGGGCGAGGUGCCAAUGAGGCGACUAAGUGCCGACUGUUCCCAACAACUUUGAAGGGAUCCGCCACCAGUUGGUUCAAAAGGUUGACCCCCGAAUCCAUUGGUUCAUUCGCCGAGCUCAGGAAGGUAUUCUUGGAGCGUUACAUGAUCAUGUCCACCCGAUUGUACACCCCCAAUGACCUGUCAGCAGUUAAGCAGCGACCAGACGAGACCCUUCGGGACUACAUCACCCGAUUCAACAAUGAAUACGCCAGGUGCGAAGGGUGUGACGAGGCGACAGCUCAUAACGCCUUGAUGGGAGGACUCCAAGGGGGAGACUUUUUCUUCUCGCUAACCAGAAAUCCACCCGAGACAUACAAAGAUCUCCUUCGCGAAGCAACCAGCUAUUCCCGAGCUGAACAGCUCAACCUAGCCCGAAAGGCCUCGGCAGGAUCAAGGCCUGCCAACGAAGAGGCUAGACUCGGGUAUCGCCAUUAUGAUCGCUUAGCUAAAAGGAAGGAUCACGAUGGAGGAGCGAAGCGACGGGAAGGUCGACCCGAGAAGCACAACCGGUAUACUAACUACACCCCUCUCAACAGGACAAAAGGAGAAAUAUUUGCCGUGAUAGCGGAGGAGCUCCCCACGCCCAGGAGGAGUAAGUACCCGUACCGGGGGAGAAGGGACGAAAGCAAGUAUUGUAGAUACCACCGGGACCACGGCCACCAUACUGACGAUUGUUAUCAGCUUAAGGAGGAAAUUGAGGCACUCAUCAGACGAGGUAGGCUACAGCAGUACGUAGCUGGUAAGGCUGUUCCGAUAGAGCCAGUCACAUCGCAGGAAGUAGACCCUCCCCCAGCAGCGACCAGGAUGACAAUCGCCACCAUCUCGGGAGGACCCACAUUGGCAGGAGACUCCAACCGAGCCAUCAAGAGCUAUGCACGAACCGCCAUAAGGGUCCCAACCGAAGCUAUGUCAGUAGGCACAACCGAGCGCCCUCCAAAGAUGUCAAGGAUAACGUGCGAACCUGUAUCAUUCACUGAGGAGGACCAAUUUGGUCUCCACUUCCCACACACCGAUCCCCUGGUCAUCACUGCUGAAAUAGCCCAGUGCGAGAUCGCUAGGGUCUUCAUCGAUGGAGGGAGCUCAGUUAACAUCGUAUUCCUCAGUGUGUUCGACCUGCUUGGCAUCAGCCGGGAUCUGCUUGACCGACGAUGCUCACCCCUAGUAGCUUUUGGGGGAGGACACGUGCAACCUCUCGGCCAUAUGCACCUCACCUUGUCUAUAGGAGCACACCCCCGACGUGCUAGCACCACCACCAGCUUUGUAGUGGUAGAUUGCCCUACCUCCUACAAUGUGAUAUUGGGGCGACCAGCCCUGGUAGGUUUGGACGCCACGGUUAGCCACAGGUGCCUCAUGCUUAAGUUUCCAACACCGGGAGGGGUCGGCUGUGUUCGGGGAAGUCAGAGCACGGCUCGGACAUGUUACGCGUCAUCAGUAAAACUAAAAUCCAAAGUGUAUGGAGAGACUUUCUCAUUAACCAGCGGUCCCGCCUACCCGGCACCUGCUGAAGCUUCAGAGCUCGACCCAAGAGAAGGGAUUGACCCCGUAAAUCCAAAACCAGUGGAGGAGUUAGAGAAGAUAGCCGUCUACCCUGAUCACCCAGAGCAAUUUCUCCAAAUUGGCACAAGGAUGACGACCGUGGUCCGAGAGUCUCUCGUCAAGUUUCUAGAAGCCAACUUAGACGUGUUCGCAUGGACCCACGAAGACAUGACUGGCAUAAACCCAGAGAUAAUCACACACCGCCUCAGCAUUGACCCUCACCACAAGCCGGUAAAGCAGAAGCGACGAAGCUAUGACACAACGAGAUACGAGGCAAUGAGGGAUGAGGUCGAUAAGCUUGAGAAGAAUGGAUUUAUCCGUGAGGUAAACUACCCUAAAUGGUUAUCUAAUGUAGUGAUGGUUAGGAAGACCGAGGGAAAAUGGAGAAUGUGCGUCGACUUCACAGACCUCAACAAGGCAUGCCCUAAGGAUAGCUUCCCACUACCUCGAAUCGACCAGUUGGUCGAUGCCACGGCUGGUCACGAGCUGCUAAGCUUCAUGGAUGCCUACUCAGGCUACAACCAAAUCCACAUGCACCCAGACGAUCAGGAGAGCACCUCAUUCAUCACUGAUCGAGGUACCUACUGUUAUCAGGUAAUGCCAUUUGGCCUAAAAAAUGCAGGAGCCACAUAUCAGCGCCUCGUGAAUCGCAUGUUUUCAGAGCAAAUUGGAAAAAGCAUGGAGGUGUAUGUGGAUGACAUGCUAGUCAAAAGCAUAAGAGCAGAACACCAUACGACUGAUUUGACUACCACCUUCAAUAUCUUGCGGCACUACGGAAUGAAGCUCAACCCGACCAAGUGUGCAUUUGGCGUCGGGUCGGGUAAGUUCUUAGGAUUUAUGGUCAGUCAUCGGGGUAUAGAGGCCAAUCCUGAAAAGAUACAGGCGCUCAUCAACAUGACCCCUCCCAGAACUCGCAAGGAGGUCCAGAGUCUGACAGGAAGGAUCGCCUCGUUGAACCGUUUCAUUUCUAAAUCCACAGAUCGGUGUCUCCCUUUCUUCAAAAUUCUUAGAGGGAGUGGGAAAGAAAUAAUAUGGACAGAGAGCUGCACCGCUGCGUUUGACAACUUACGAGAACACAUGGGCCGUGCACCCAUCCUCUCAAAACCAGAAAUAGGUGACACGCUAUCGUUGUACGUAUCAGCCUCUUUAUCGGCAGUCAGCUCGGUCCUCACAAGAGACGACAAUGGCACACAACGCCCAGUAUACUACGUCAGCCGAGCACUCCUCGAUGUAGAAACACGAUACCCGGACAUAGAGAAACUGGCACUAGCCCUGGUCGUCUCGGCGAGAAAACUCCGACCAUAUUUCCAAGCCCACCCGAUCCGAAUUCUGACAGAUCAGCCACUUCAACAAGUUUUACGAAAACCCGAAACAUCAGGUAGGCUAGUUAAGUGGGCAAUAGAGCUCGGUGAAUUCGAUAUCGAGUAUCGACCCAGAACAACCAUCAAGGCACAAGCCUUGGCAGAUUUCAUCUCAGAAUUCACCCUGGCACCAUCCACACAAGGGAAAAAUACUCCAUUGCCCGACCCCAUCGAAGAAGCCAACCACCACUGGAUUCUAUACGUGGAUGGGGCCUCCAAUUCACAAGGUUGCGGAGCUGGCCUGGUACUCAUCUCCCCCCAUGCCACGGAAGUCGAAUACGCGCUCCGGUUUGGAUUUCGGGCAUCCAAUAAUGAGGCAGAAUACGAGGCCUUGAUAGCCGGCCUUCGUCUCGCCAAGGAGUUGGGCGCCAAAAAGAUCCAGGUACGGAGCGACUCACAACUUGUGGUCAACCAGGUGAAUGAAGAAUAUCAAACUCGGGAUGAUACCAUGAUCGCAUACGUGGCAAAAGCAAGGGACCUACUGUCACAAUUUCAGACAUAUGAGCUAAGCCAAAUCCCCCGCUCGAAGAAUAGCCGAGCUGAUUCUCUAGCCAAGUUAGCCUCAGCUGCAGCAUCAGAAAUAAAACGGGUCGUGCCAAUUGAGUUCCUCGCAGAAAGGAGCAUCGACCGGGCGGAGCAGGAGGUGAGUAUGCUCAACCAGGGACCAGACUGGAUGACUCCGAUUCGCGACUUCCUAACCAACGGUACUCUGCCGACUGACAAGGCUGAAGCCCGACGCUUGAAGCUUCGAGCCGCCAGAUACACCAUGUUGGAAGAUCGCCUAUACAAGAGAGGAUUCUCUCAGCCACUCCUAAAAUGCAUAACUCCCGACCAGGGGCGAGAACUUCUACAAGAGGCCCACGAAGGGAUUUGUGGUGACCAUUCUGCAGCAAUAUCCCUGACAACCAAGAUAUUGCGUAGGGGAUAUUUUUGGCCCACAAUGAACAAGGACGCCAAACGACUUGUGCAAACUUGCAAACCUUGCCAACUCUUCGCUACCAUCCCACACCAACCACCUGAGAGGCUCACCACCAUGACAGGCCCCUGGCCAUUUGCACAGUGGGGACUGGAUUUGAUUGGGCCGAUGCCAAAGGGAAAGGGGCAGACGAAAUUCGCUAUUGUUGCUGUGGACUAUUUCACCAAAUGGGCGGAGGCAGAGCCCUUGGCAACCAUCACGACCACUCAAGUGCAGAGCUUCGUAUGGAAGAACUUGAUUUGCCGCUUCGGCAUACCACACUCAAUUAUCACCGAUAAUGGAAGGCAGUUCGACAACGCAAAAUUCAAAGCUUUCUGCUCCGGUUUGAAUAUCAACCUCCGCUUUUCUUCACCAGCUCACCCACAAGCUAACGGACAGGUGGAGGCAGUGAACAAAAUUAUAAAGCGCACCAUAAAGAAAAAGUUGGGGGCUAAGAAGGGGAAUUGGCCCGAGCUACUCCCCGAAGUCUUAUGGGCAUACCGUUGCACCCAACGAUCAUCCACAGGUGAAACCCCAUACUCAUUAUCCUUCGGGUCCGAAGCGGUCGUCCCAAUUGAGGUAGGUCAACCCACCCGACGAGUAGAGCAUUUCGCACCCGAGCAGAGCGGGAUUGAGCAGAACCUAAGCUUGGACCUCCUCGAAGAACGAAGACUGCAAUCAAUUCUCCAUCUUGCCGCCUACCAACAGCGCACUACCCGUUUCUACAAUCAAAAGGUGAGAGAGAGGAGCUUCCGACCUGGGGACUUGGUCUUGCGGAAGGUUCUUCCUGGUACCCGAGACCCAACUGCUGGUACACUAGGGGCCAAUUGGGAAGGCCCUUAUACAGUAACUGAUAUUGCCCGACCUGGAACCUAUCGGCUCGCCCAGUUGAACGGCAAGGCAUUACCACAUCCAUGGAAUGCCGAACACCUCAGACAAUACUUCCCCUGA